GAUUCGAACACAAUCGAAUCAAAUCUACUAGUAAUCGAUUCAUUCGACAACUCCUCAUCCGUCGCGGCACGGCAACGAUCGAUGAUGCGACCAUGGCAAAUCAUGCUUCCCAGUUUUUCCCAACUUCGAGAGCGGUAGUAGCCACACCGCUAACAAUCAACUACCACACGUAUAGACAAAUUGAAGCAUGUCUCAGUCUAGCAGCAGCAACAACACGAUCAAGCAGCCCCCACCUCGAACGGCAAUGCUAUGGAGAAUUGAAGCGAAAUUGAAGCGUCCUGCUGCCGUGGAAGAGGCAUCGAUUCGCAUGAAGGAAACCUGUGACGCUCCUUCCGGGUUUUGUGAUUUGUUGCUGAGCGAAUCCUGCCAAUGUCCUCAUUUGGAGCGAUGGUUGCCCAACAUGCUCGAGUUGGAUUUUUGCAAGAAUGCCACGGGCUUGAAGACGCAGCCUUUGAGGCUUUUGAAUCCCGUGCAUUCGCUGCAUUUGUCUUCGCAGUUGGAAGAAAACUCCACCGUCGUUGAAAUACAACGAAACAGCAAGAGCUCACCAUGGAUGUACGGGGAAGAACAGCAGCGGACAGUGGCCUUUUCUCAGGCAGGAAUUCCAGAACGGUUCUUUCCACUCACCAAAAAACAUGUCGUUCACGAAUUCAACACCCCCAAUCCACAUGCACCCAAACCAAUACACGCAACAUCCACAGCGGCAUAUCCUAGCAAUAACAACACUGAUUCCAAGGCAGAGGCGACAACAAGCGCGGCAUCUUCGCCAUCCAAAGCAACUGAUCAACCCACUGAUGGUGUGGCUUCUUCAGCAGCCACUUCCCCGGCUAUAUCAUCACCCGCCAAACCAGCAUCAUCGGCAUCCCAGAGCACUUCGGUUUCGUUUGCGUCACCCGUAGCCGAAGUGAAAACAAUGCAAGUGGAUAGUCCACAAAGUGCUGCCAGUAGUCCCAAGGCUAACAAGGGCAACAAGAAGGACCAAGAGGGUACAAAGGACCACACAACCAGCACUACAACUGGUGGGAAGGGGAAAUUGAAAGACAAGGAAAAUGAAACCAAAUUGCAAGAUGCAUCAGGCAAGGACGACGCUGCAACAGGCGGAGACGUCGAGAUGAAGGAUGCAACAGCUACCAACAAAAAGGAUCCUAAUUCAGGAAAGGGGAGUGGCAAAAAACAGCCCGCGGUACGACCUGGUGGGACAAAGACAGAUGGCACAGGGAAAGAUUCCAGCAGCAGCGAACACGGGGGAUCAGAACAAAAGGCAAAGAAACACAAUAUGGGGAAACAGCCGCCCAAACCUAUCAAUACUAGUGGACCAACUCACUCGUCGUCGCCUUCCAAUCAAGCCUCUCCGUCCUCAACACCCACUGGCGCAACAUCCUCGAGUGCAAUGGUAAAGAAAUCUGAGGAAGCAACUGCAUCGGGAGCCACUGCUGCUACUUCUUCCACCAACAAGCCAGAGUAUCAUCUUUCCGAGGCUCGCUUCCUGGAACUCAGCCGGCAAGAGGAGCAAGUCCAAAUCAUACGAUCCCUUCUAGCCAAACGAUACGGCAAUACCAAAAAGAAGAGCAAAAAACGAAAACUGGAGGCACAGUUCAGUGGAACGUCAAACAGUGCAUUGCAAAAUCUACCGGGAGCAUCACAAUACACAGACGAGCGUCCCAUAACUGUCAUUGAUGCAGCAGAACAGCAAAGGUGGAUGAAGGAAAAGGAAGCUGCUCGUCUUACGGUUGAGCGAUGGUUGGAUCAGUUCCGAGCGUCGAGGAGAGCGUAUAUCAAAGAGGAAGCUUCUGCUCGGAAGAAGUCAUCAACAGAAACAGCAGAGAAAUGGUCGACUGCCGAGACCACGCGACGAACCUGCCAGCUGUGCCCCGCAAACAAGUCAUGGCAGUUUUCGGGGGACGAAAUUUUGCAGUGUCUCGAAUGCUCCUUCAUUGGAUGCGGUCCAGCGUCGGUAGCACCAGAGUCGAAACACCAGCACAUUCUUCAGCAUUUGUUCUUGUCGGGACACAAGUUUGCCGUAUCCUGUGGGGCUCGAGCACAAGUUUUCUGUUUUCCUUGUGGUGACUUCGUCUAUCACAGAGUCUUCGAUCAAGAGCGAGAGCGCCUCGACUUGGAAAGCAAAAUUCCGUGGUUAGCAUGGAGUGAUCAUCCACUCAUGCGGGGGUUUUCCCCUUUGGAGUUUGCUCACGUGGAAGAGUAUGGUAUCAUCUGGAGAGGCGUCAAGGCAACGUAUCCAGCUCUGGUUCCAGACGAACACACGGAAACUGUCAGGCUUUGCAUGAUCAGGCAGGCCGUGUUCGAGGGCAAAGUGUGGGACACAGAGUGGUCUCUGCUUGGACGGCGCACCCUGGACUACAUGAUUGACCAGAACAAGAAAGCUUCGGCAGAACGUUGGAAGAUCACAGCACCGGUUGGAAUGUUCAACCUUGGCAAUACCUGCUUCAUGACAGCUAUUCUUCAGUGUUUGAUCCACUGCAUUCCCCUCCAGCGCUACUUUCUGAAGGACAUUGGACAUCAUCAUGCUGCUUGUGAGAAGUAUCGUCACGUUGACCCCAGCGACAAGGCGAAAGUGACUGACAACGUGUGUUUGGCCUGUGAGAUGGAUUCGCUCAUGCUGGAAUACUACGGUCGAUCGAGGGGCCGCGAUGUUGUUGGUAUUCUCAACGAUCUGUCGGCCAGACCAAGACGGGGAGUGGUGGAAUUGUUCAACGAGAUCUCCUCAAUGGACGAGGAGAAGAUGGCAUCACAAGGCAUGCCAUUGUUGCCGACCAAGAUGCUUUUGGCUGCAUGGAAGAGCGGCGGCAUGGACCACCUGAAGGGAUACCAACAACGCGAUUCACACGAGUUUUUGCUUGCGUUUCUUGAGAUCCUUGGGAAGCAAAUAUGUAAACACCGAGCACGCGUGGAUGAAGCCAUCGCAAUGGCUCAGCUUGGGAAUCCGUUUAGAAAGCCGCAGGAACCGGUUCAUCAUGAUGUAGUGAAGCACCUGUUUGAGGGAACACUGAGAUCUGUGCUUGUGUGUCAAGAAUGUGGAAACAAACGGACUCUUUCAGAGCCUUUCUUGAACGUCUCGCUUCCUCUGUUGAAUGAAAUCAUGUCGUCGCAGAUUCCAAGUGCAGCAAGCGUCCCCAAUGCCAGUGGAAGCCAGCUCAACGUUGACCGCUGCCUGCAACAUUUCACGGCCCCUGAGAAGCUGUCGGACCCUGUUGAUUGCCCAUCCUGCAACAAGAAAACGCCAACUCAAAAGCAGCAUACGUUUUCCCGUCUGCCACGGGUUCUGUGUGUCCAUCUCAAGAGAUUCCAUCCUGCUUUGAACAAAAAGAUAGAAGACUUUGUGGAGUUUCCCGCCCGGGGGCUGAACAUGGGACCUCAUCUACCUCACUGGCGCGAAGUUACCACCGUUCCUUCGAAGGGUGAACCAAAUGAAAGCAGUUCUGAGCCAAGUGUGCUUUACGACCUGUUUGGAACUGUGAAUCACCGUGGAAACCUUCAAAGUGGCCACUAUUUUUCCAAUGUACAAGUGCAAGGUCGAUGGUUCUGCUGCAACGAUCAGCACGUCUCUGGUACCGAUGAAGCGGCUGUGCUGGCAAGUGAUGGUGCUUACAUUCUCUUCUACACCAGACGAUAGAGUGAUAGUACCGUAGUAGAGUUGGAUUGCUGGUCAGUUUGAAUGAUGCCGCGACCUUGCAACGAAGGAGCUACACCUCCUCAUCAGCCACCGUUCUAAUGUUUUAAUUCACGCUGUAGAAGAUGCGGACUGAGGCUCGCACCAAGUGUAAUUCAUUGAUUUAGGGUUGGUGUUGUAACAUUCGUAAUCUCUAGCAAUUCAUAACUGUGGG